AUGGCUGAACAUACUCCAUUUUUCUUAGGUUUUAGUGGCUGUUACACAAAGCCGUCGUCACACCAGGCAAAAGUUUCGCACCCAAGGCUCAUGAACAGUUUACUGUGCAUAGAAUACUGCAGAGGGAAUGACUUGCCUUACGCCGCUGUAUCCAAUGAUGAAUGCCUGUGUGUGGAUACCAAACCCACCGGAAGUCAGUCCUCCAGCGCAUGCUCUCUGGGGUGUCCGUACAACCCUAUGCAACACUGUGGCGGAACAAACGUGGCCAAUGUGUACCUGAUAGGUUUCUAUUAUCACCGUGCACCGUCGUGUGUGGCUCUGGCGUCGCAGGGGGUCCUUUUGGAAGGGUAUUAUUGGAUAAGCGAAACAGAAGGAGCCGCAUCUAGAAAAGUGCAGUGCAAUCCUACAGCUCCGUGUCACACUCCUUUGAUCCACACCUACUCGAGUACCGUCACCAUCACACAUUCCAACUCAACAGACAACAAUUGUACAGCUGAGAACAUAUACCUGUAUGGCCCAAGUGGCUGCUAUUUUGCAAAUGAAGACACCGAGCCUUGGGUCCAAGUAUCCUUUGAUCAGCUUUAUAUUAUAACUGGCGUGGUAACUCAAGGAUCGAAUGACCCGGAUAAUCAGCAGUGGGUUGAGAACUAUGCUCUGGAAUACAGUGAGAAUGGCGUAAAUUGGACACAGUAUGAAAAUGGAACACAGUUGACUGGUAAUUCAAAUUUCAACGCAGUCGUUCUAAACACACUGACGUAUCCGAUCCUAGCGCGAUAUGUGCGGGUGUAUCCUUCUAAGUCGACGUGUGAAAACAAUUGUAGUCUCCGCCUUGAGUUGAACGGCUGCAAGUACAGCAGUUUUGACCACUCUCUGCAGUAUGUUGGGUGUGUCAUAGAGACUACAGAUCCCAAUGGGCAAGUUAUGGUCCACAGCGCUUCAACGAGCUGCCAGUUGCCGUCGGAUUGUAUAGAUCUGUGCAGGGCGGCGGGGUUCUUGUAUGCUGGCCUACAGGGAGCCAACUGCAGCUGUGCAAAUGAAGUUAGAACAUACGGGUAUGCAGCAAGUUCUCAUUGCGACAUCACGUGUACAGGCGAUUCCAAGCAGCGUUGUGGCGGAGAGAAUCGAUAUUCAGUGUGGCGAACUUGGGAGGUCCGUUGUCCCGAAGUGCCCUCUGUCGGCAACGCAACCGCGUCCAGUACGAGCCGCAACCACAACUCGCAGGUGACCUACUCUUGCCUACCUGGCUAUGUUUGGCCAAAUGGAACCAUAGAGGCAGAGAAAACGAUUACUUGUACGUUUAACAACUGGACUGCACCUCCACCCGGUUGUGAAGCAAUCCACUGUACCUCCGCUCUCCCGACAGCGGCCAACACCACACUCAGCGUCGUGGGGGGUGACGAGGUGGGUGCCGUGGCCACCUACACCUGUCUACAGCACUACCGAUUCCCUGGCGGUUCUACGACGAAGACGGUGUCCUGUUUGACCACGGGUCAGUGGUCCGCUGCCUCAGUGUCCGCAUGUGAAAUGAUCCUGUGUCCAGCAAUAUCAAGCAGCCUUAUCAAUGCAGUGGUCAACUCCACUGAGCGCCAGGUGGGAUCAGCUGUGGAGUACCAGUGCACUAACAAUACUGGCUUCGGGGACGGAGGUACCAAGAGGGUACGGCUGUGCUUGGACAGUGGACAGUGGGAUAGAGCGGAAGAGGACUGUGGUAAGGUUUUUGGUCGCCAUUUUGAAACUGAUGGCCAUUUUGGAUUUUUUGAAAAAGGUUGUCAUAUUCAGUUUCUGAUAUCACAUAGUGAUAAAGAUAUAGUGUAG